GGUAAUUCUGCAGAAAGGAUACUCUGCAACAAUAGAUUAUGUGCUCUCCUGUGGUGAUGCAGGACAACAACUGCUUAUAUCACUGUUGCUUAUUUCCUUCUUGGGACUAUUGAGGAUCUGGUCUCUGUACGUGCAAUGGUCAGGUCUCUAGUGCAACAAGAUGAUCAACAAGAGAAGCAUUAGAAUUUUCCUUUUCUUUCUUUGGCACUAUUCUCAUAUUAUGUUGGACUGUGUACUUCAUGCUUGUUGGCGAUGCUUUUGUAUUUGAUAAGUGUCAUGACCUUUUUUCAGAAAGCUGUUCGUGCUAGUGGGUUUUUUGCUUUGGUGGUUGUUAGAAUGGCUGUCCUCGGUAUUGCUAUUAUUUAUUCUACCUUUUAUGAUUGGCUGGGUGUAGAUUCAACAGGUUACAGUUACCUCUAACUGUAAAUAAGUAUUUUGGAUUGUUAUAUAUGGAAAGUCUCUACAGCAGGAUGCAGCAGGGGACCCUCACAAAGCUAGAGCCACAGAUAAAAUAAUUUGAUGGAGAAUUGCAUAUGGACAAUGUGUACCAUGAUGGCACUCAAGAUCCAUCCGUCCUUCCAUGGGGUAAAUUGACUGCUUCCAGGGAUGGGACACUCACUUUUGGACUGCUAUCCGUAUUUAAAGUCUUUCAAGAGGAUUCAAAAUGUGUUUGACAGUGCACGAGCAAGAGAAGGGAACGUGAAUUCUCUACCUGAUGCAUGUGGCUGGGGUGGAUGGAGAUGGAUAAGCCAAGGAAUUGCAGGAUAUGGUAGAGGGCAUGUGACAAGAUAAACAUGCGCUCUUCAUACUGCUAGAUUGUCUGUGGAGACUUUAGUGGACUUCUGGCCUGCGCUCAGAGAGGAGACUCGGCUAUCUCUUUUGAGGAUGAAAGAAGAGGAUUUCAUUGAAAGGCUUGUGUACAGAUUGGUAAAACAAAAGUGUUUUUGAGGGCUGGGCAGAUGGCCGAGCUGGAUGCUAGGAGGACUGAGAUGUUGGGAAGAUCAGCAAGCAUAAUCCAGCGGAACGUCCGUUCUUAUAUGGCUCGUAAGAGCUUCAUAUAAUUCGUCGGUCUACAACACUUAUUCUAUCUGUAUGCAGAGGAGAACUUACAAGGUAUGUUUAUGAAAGCAUGCGUCGAGAAGUUGCUUCUCUUAGGAUACAGAAAUAUUUGCGGAUGCAUCUUGCGAGCAAAGCAUUCCGAGAAAUAUGCUCUUCUGCCCUUUGCAUUCAAACUGGAAUGCGUGCAAUGGCUGCUCGUAAUGAACUCCCCUAUAGAUCGGAGACGAGAACUGCUAUUGUGAUCCAGAGUCAUAGCCGCAAGUUAUUAACUCGUUUAGAAUAUACAAAGCUGAAAAAAGCUGCAAUCACCACACAAUGUGCAUGGAGGUCAAAGGUUGCUCGUGGAGAACUGCGGAAACUGAAGAUGGCUGCACGAGAAACUGGUGCUAUGCAAGCUGCCAAGAACAAAUUAGAGAAGCAAGUUGAAGAAUUGACUUGGAGAUUGCAGCUUGAGAAACGAAUGAGAACUGGCCUAGAAGAGGUCAACCUAGAAUUUUUCGGCAGCAAACCUUGUUGACCGCAUCUAAAGGAGUGGCAGGACAUCCAUCAGAGUUUGGUAACAAGGUGGGUUAAUCAGAGUUUUGAAAUCAUUGAGCAAGAACUGACUGCAGGAUGAAGAGAGCAAUAAUCAUAUGGCUUACUGGUUGUCAAACACCUCUAAUUUGCUGUUCUUACUCCAAAAAAGUCUAAAACCUGCUGGUGCAGCUGCUGUCAAGCCGACCUUCCCUGUUUGGGAGGAUGGCCAUGGUAUUCAUUUUCUUUUUGAUUUUCCAUAUGGGCUUGUGACAAGAUAAACAUGCGCUCUUCAUACUUCCAGAUUGUCUGUGCCUUUCGAGCUAUACAAAUGUAGUAUUCAUAACAAUAUAGCCGUCGUACAAUGUUUUCCCCUAAUGUUAACUAUAUUUGGAGCUAGUUGUUAUACGUAUUAGGAAGAAAAUUUUCCAAUUACUCAGCUUAUUAGGAUAAACUUCAGGCUUACCCAAUUUGGGACUAGGCUGGAU